AUGCUCACCGCACCUUAUACUAGCGCUAUGCGCCUAGGUCAAGGGUUCAAUUCCUACAACCACGAGGUUUGUGUCAAUGAUGCCGUCAUUAUUGAUUCAGAAAACCCCGGUGGUGACAUUUAUGGAGGCUCAGACACCACUAUCAGCCAGAUUGUUUCGUAUUGCACUCGGCACGUGGACAAAGUUAGUCAAGUCAUCGCUGCGAUGAACAUUUCCGCUGCAGCGUCGGUGAAGACUGCAGGUGGUGGUGGCGGCCUUGCUGGCUCCUACAUCGACUCCGAUACCUUCAAGGAGAGUAAUAUCAACUUCUUCUGCCAAGUCAAGGUGACCAAUCAGGUUAUCAUGGGAGCUGAUCUCCUGAAGUUUAAUGAUAUUCCAACCUUUCGCGCGGAAGAUUCCGCUCAUUUCACGAAAGUCUAUGGUGACUCUUUUAUCUCUGGGUUCAUAGAAGGUGGUGAGCUUAAUGCUAUCAUCUCAAUCAAGACUAGUGAUAAGAAAACCAUCAACUCAAUCAAGGCUUCUCUUGAAGGAAGCUUCGGCAAGGGAAAAUUCUCUGCUGAUAUUAAGGGCGAAGGUGGAAAGGAAGACACGCAGGCAUUGAGCCAAAGCGAAACUACGAUAACCGUGAACUGGACAGGUGGCGGUAUCAUCAAGCCUGCAGAGGAGCUUUGGUCGAUUGAUUCACUUGUCAAGGCUGCUGCUGCCUUCCCGGAACGGGUAGCCAAGACACCCCAGCGAACCCAUGCAAUCUUGACCAAGUAUGAGAAUUUGCGGUCAUUCCACCUCCUCAUACCCCGAAUGCCCACUCCGCUCAACUACGCUCUCGCUGAGCUAUACACCAAUGACCUCCUGGACGCCUUCACUGACUACAAGAGUAUUUGGACCGUCAUUCAUCAAUACGCGGAGGCAGUGGAAUUUGGAACCGCAAUUCUGCAUAAGGCUGAGGACUUGCCAGGGCUCCAUUCACAGAAUGACAGUCGCCAUGAUGAAGAUGGCGUGCUGGUCGAAAAGGACCCAGAAAGUAUGUCGGAGGCCGAACAGGCUCAGGCUUAUAAGAAGCUGUAUCGUAAACCUGCUUUCCGACACACUGGCAAGCCAUACGGUAACACACUGCACGAUUUGGACCGCGCUCGGCUCCAUUGUAGACUCGAAAUGGGCAAGAUCCUCAACGAGAUCCAUGCUAUCGAGGCCGACCCAUCGAAGGCUGCUACUGCCGAUCCUAGUGCAGUAUUCCUCAACCCAGCUAUUUUCCGCAAAUUGUUGCCAACCAAAGUGGAUAUUGACCAGAAGGGCCCUGCUGUUAUCGCCAAUGUGUUUUAUCCCACUUCUCAAAAACCCCUCCCAAGCCCCAUCGACGAGUGGAAGAAUAAGAUCCCGUCAAUAACAACUCAGAAGCUUAGAAUGACAGGCUUUGGAGGUGUUAGCGAUACCAAUUACGCCAAAAAAUUUGAGCAAACCCUAUUUGAAGAUUUCAAUGGUGUUCCAGUUCGUGCGCCAAACACAAGUCAUAUUGAAAAGAUUACAGUCUACUCGAUUGCUACCGGUGUUACUGGCAUUGAGAUCAAAUAUCAGGGUCAGAAAAGCCCUCGGACGAUUGGUAAAUGCAAGGGUGACGGUCCGGAAACCAAGGACUUCCCGUCAAACGAUCCGAUCACCGGGGUUAUCGUUGAAACUGCAAAGCACAAGGGCGUUGCAGGUGUUGUCAAAUUGACUUUCAAGACUCGCGCUAAUACAGCUCACGAAUUUGAUUGCAAGAAUGUCAAAAAGGCAGAUUUGGAAGCUAAUAGCGACGAUAGUUUCCCAGCUACAGUCGAUAACAGUUGGUCACUUCGUGGUCUGUGGGGAUCUACUGCUGAUGAUGAUGAGGUUAUUGCGCGUCUCGGUGCUAUUUUUGAGCACGACCCUUAA